CCAUCACAUCUGCGACCACACAGGGACGGCCAAGUAUAAAACCAGCGGACUAAUCGCACUGUCCCCUCAUUCCGAUCCGUGUCGCGCGCACGCUUCAAACCCGUCAAGCCAUGUUGCGCCGGUUGGUUUGGCUGUUGUUCGGUGGUGUGCUACCAUACGUGCUCGCGCUUGCCAAUCCACAUCCAUCAAUCGAUUUCGGCGGCAUCGUAAACGCACUACAAUCAGCGAACGUGACGCGCCAGCUGCCCACGGGGACGCCGUGUGACCGCGAGCUGCUGGCGCUGGUUGCCGGCGUGCAGGCGAAAGAGUUUUGGGCAGUGAAAUUGCUGGACUCAUGGGGCAAAUGGCCGGCCGGUAUCUUCGCGGGAAACCUGUACGAGCUGGGACACUACGAUGAAUGCAUCGACCUGCGGCACGACUAUGGCGGAUCGCCUGCGACGGACACUCUAAGAGGCCGCUACUGCUUCCUGACCGUACCACUCACCGGUCUGGUUCCUUCCCAACGUCCAUCACCACCGACCCAGCGCAUCAUGCCAGGCACUUCAGGUGGCCCGUUGGCCGCCCACCUCGGCGUAUGCAUCCCAGCCGCCUGCUCCGCCGAACAGUUCCAGCAGUUUCUCACGCGUAUCGUACCUAACCUUCCACCGGUGCAGCUGACCUGCAACGAGGUAGCUCCGGCACUCGGACCCGCCCAGUGGGCUGCAAUUGGAGUAUUCGGCACAGUACUGCUACUGGCGGCAGCGAGCACACUGUACGAAGCGGUGACGCUCUGCCGGCGCCAUACGCCGCACCCCAAUCUGGCCAUGUUUUCCCUGUACCGAAAUGGCCGGAAGCUGCUAGCGACGAGCCGGCGCAACCCGACGGACACGACGGUCAAGUCCAGCACGAUCGACUGCAUCCACGGCAUACGCGUCAUCUCGAUGGUGUGGGUCGUGUUCAGCCACAACUACGUGCGCAUCGGCAUGCAGCCGCUCUACAACUCGCACGUUAUCCUGUCGUGGCUCGAGUCGUACCAUAGCGUGCUGGUCGUAGCGUCCACUGUGUCGGUCGAUACCUUCUUCCUGCUGAGCGGGCUGCUCACCUGCUGGAGCAUACUGAACGCACUGGACCGGCACGGUCGGCUCAACCUGCCCGUCAUGUAUCUGCACCGCUAUCUGCGGCUAACGCCGGCGCUGGCCGCGAUCGUACUGUUCGCCGCCACCCUGAUGCGGCACGCCGGCUCUGGCCCGUUCUGGGACGGUGCGAUGACCAUGUCGGAGGACCCGUGCCGCCGCUACUGGUGGUCGGCCCUGCUGUACGUGCAGAACUACGUCAACCCGCAGGAGGUGUGCCUCGGCCACACCUGGUACCUGUCGGUGGACAUGCAGCUGUACCUAGUGUCACCCUUCAUCGUGUACCCGCUGUGGCGCUGGGGCCGCCGCGUCCUUGCCGCGAUCGUCGCCCUCACCGUCGCCUCCAUGGUGGCCGUGCUGGUGCUGUUCUUCGUGCACCAUCUGCGCCUGUCCUUUCUGGCGGUGGACGAGGAGCGGCUGCGGCACGUCUACACCUACUACCCGACGCAUACGCGCGCCGGCGCCUGGCUGGUGGGCGUCUGCUUCGGCUACGUGCUUCAGCGCACCCGCAAACACUACGUCCCGCUGCCCCGGUGGUCGGUCGGGCUCGGAUGGGCCCUGGCCGCCACCGCCAUGCUCGCCGUCCUGUUCGCCGACCACCCGAUCCAGCAGCCGGACUACGAGCGGCUGCCGCAGGCCGUCGACGCCAUCUACGAGUCGCUCAGCCGGGUGUGCUGGGCGACCGCCGUCGGGUGGGUGGUGUUCGCGUGCGUCAACGGGUACGGUGGUCCGGUCGAUCGGCUGCUCGGGGCCACCGUCUGGCAGCCGCUCGGGCGCCUCUCGUACGCGAUCUAUCUGCUCCACCUCCCAAUCCAGCUGAUGAUGGCGGGCACGGCGCGGCUACCGUACUACUUCACCGACCUGCUCGCCGUGUACCAGUUCUGGGGCGACAUCGGGUUCACGCUCACGCUUGCCCUGCUCUGGACGCUGCUGUUCGAGUCGCCAAUCAUUGGCCUGGAGCGGAUGCUGUUCGGGCGCCGCCGCGACCCAUCGAAACGCACGCAGCAGGAGAAGGGGCCAGCUAGCGUGGAAAAUGGCAACGAGGCAAGGGUGAUACCGAAAUCUCUCUCACUAACGUUACAAACCGCUCGGCUGUAGUAUCGCCCGUUCCCGUCCCCAUACGCUCCUGUCAUCGCAACCAGUUUUGUAGUUUAAUCUCCCAUUUUCUCACACUCUCUAUCUCUCCAAACUCUUUGUUGGGUACAAACUGCUUCAGAUUCAAAGAGCAGAAUGAAUCUUUGAAAUGAAUUAAAGAAUUCGGUUCUCCGAUAAGCGAUUCCACAA